GGGUACCGGUGUUCCGCUCGUGAUGGACCGCUGGCGGGGCAGAGUGGCUCUGGUGACCGGAGCCUCGGUCGGGAUCGGGGCGGCCGUAGCAAAGGAGCUGGUCCGGCAUGGCAUGAAGGUGGUGGGCUGUGCAAGGGACGUCGAAAAAAUACAGAAACUGGCAGCAGAGUGUCAGAGUGCAGGCCACAGUGGGGUUUUGGUGCCUUUCAAGUGUGACCUGAGCAACGAGGAGGAGAUUCUGUCCAUGUUUGCCGCCAUCAAAGCGCAGCACAAAGGUGUGGAUGUGUGCAUCAACAACGCCGGUUUGGCUCAUCCGGAGUCGCUGUUAAGUGGCAAAACCAGCGGCUGGAAGAACAUGCUGGAUGUGAACGUUCUUGCGUUGUGCAUUUGCACACGUGAAGCGUAUCAGUCAAUGAAAGAGAGAAAUGUUGACGACGGGCACAUCAUAAACAUAAACAGCAUGAGCGGACAUCGUGUCGUUCCCUGGGCUUCCACGCAUUUCUACAGCGCCACCAAGUACGCUGUGACGGCCCUGACGGAGGGCCUGAGGCAGGAGCUGCGUGAGGCGAACACCCACAUCAGAGCCACGAGUAUUUCCCCCGGUAUAGUGGAGACAGAAUUUGCUCAUCGGCUCUUCAUCGACAACGCUGAUCAAGCUGCUGCUGUGUACGCCAAAUUUAAGCCUUUGGAUGCAAUAGAUAUUGCAAAUUCGGUUACAUACGUCCUAAGUGCCCCUCCACAUGUGCAGAUCGGAGAUGUUCACAUGCGGCCUGUGGAGCAGAUGUCGUAGUGUUGCUCCAUGUGACAGCUGAUGCGCUGGGUUGUACUUUUUCACUUACAGAAUAAAAAGGUGAAAAUUGGUCCACUUCAGCUUUAUUAUUUUAGCCAGGCGGUAAACACAUACAGCAGACCACACGGAUGCAAUGACAACAAACAAGAAUGGCACAUUUUUCUCUGCUGUUUUCAUCAGAAUGUCAAAAAUACAUACUGUAUGCAUUUUUAAUCAUAAAAUACACAAUAACGAUAUCAAGGAUGUCAAAAAUGGUGAAAGGAAAAGAAAAAAUAUUACAGUAUCAGGAAAAAAUGGUAAAAUAGAAUAGUGGUAAAAAAAUAUAUCAGGACAAUAUACAGACACACAAUUAUAUAUACAUAUAGUAUAUAGAAAAAUCCUUGUGACCAUGGCAAACACUUCAGCAUGUUAGCAUCCUGAUGUUAGCAUUCAGCUCACAGUCCUAUUGUGCCAACGACAGCCUCACAGAGGCCUCAGUUUGGCUUCAGUAGUUCGUUUACGGUCAGUUCACAAAUACAUGAAUGAAAACAUAUAUAAGUAAAUGAAAUGUGAAAAUAUGACAAUAUGAUCUGCCUCUAUUAUGGUAUGUGAAAUAAAGCUGUUAAAAAUAUUUCAGUUCAGUUAGGCUUCUGUGCACAACAGCAGGUGUCAUGCCUGUGUCUCACCUGUUAAUCAGAUCCAU